GAAAAUAAAUACAAGUGCAAAAUUGAACACUUAAAAAUAUGUCCCAGUUUCACUGCAUGAUUAUAUUAAAAUGGUGAAUUACAUGAUUCUGUUGUUUAAAGGAAUAUGUUUACUUCAAAUAGUGCAGUCACUAGCCGCACCAGGUCACGUGAAUAUCCAGGUACAGGUUCUUCAAUAUGACAACCCUUUAGGGACAUCAUUCCAUGGUUCAGACUUUACCUCAGAGAGAAAGUGUUGUGAUAAAGGUCAAGUUACAGCAUGCAGUACGACAGACAUGUGCGACUCGUACUUUGUGCUCUGUAUUGGUGGAAUCACAACCAGCGGUCUUAGUAGGCAUUGUAGCGGCCCGAAAAGUACAACAAAAAUCUUCAGAAAUGCUAACUCGUUUGGAGCUUCACAUGAUAAUAUUUUGGUUCAGUCAUUUAAGUGGGAUAACUGGCAUGCGGGAGACAUUGAAUAUUUGAUUAAUGUAAUGGAUCAGGACAGCGGUAACGACGAACUUAUUGAAAACUUUACAUCGAUCAGAGCACUAACCGUUGGUUCCAGCUAUGAGAAUUCUACUGAACAUGUGAUAUCAUUUAUAAAUUUUGUGAGUUUAGAUCUCGGUGUAAGGAUAUGGUGUCAAGACGGAUACUUUGGCUCUGACUGUAGUAAUAAAUGUACAAGCAACCCUUACAGUGUUUGUAUAAACAAUCAAGCAACGCUUUUACCAUCGUGCAAUGACGCAGACGUUUCUAGUUUUGAAUUUACCGGAAUUAUGAAUUACAAAGUCACAAACCUCCAACUUCUACUGAUAAAGUUUGUUCUACAAGAAAUCUGUCCUAAAGCACAGAAUGCACAUGUGAAGAUCGUGCAUUUUAGUGUAUCUGG